UUAUUGACAGAUGGAAAUAAACAGAGCAAAAUAAACGGAACUAAUGUAAAACAGCCUAUAUCAGCUAUUUGAAACACACAAUGGACACUUUAGCGGAGAUAAAGGACAACACGCAUGCAGAGGAGCCAGGUUUAUUUCCCACUGCUGUGUCAGCUGAGAAGGUGGAAGAAGCCAGGAGAAAAAGCACCUUGAAGAAGUGUUUUGGCUCCAGUGCAAUCUUUCUGGAACCAGGAGAGAAACGGCCUCAAAGACUAGACCUACAGGCGAGCCUCAUCAUCCAGAGCAAGGCCGCAGAGCAUUACAUAAACGGAAAAGAGGCAAUGGGAAAGUCUCAGUUUGAGAAGGCUGUGAACUGCUUUUCCAAAGCCAUCACACUGCAGCCAGAACAGACUCGGCUACAUGAGAGCCAGGCGGAGGCCUACCUGCAGCUGUGUGACUUCCAGUCAGCAGCAGCCUGUUAUAAACAGGCCUCUCUGCUGGAGCCCGGUGCAUUCAGGGACCGCCUGGCCUUCAUUUUUUAUCUCCAGGGCCAGUGCUUGUUUGACCGAGGCCUUUUCCUGGAGGCUCUGGAGGCUUUUAGCAAAGCUGCUGAGCUGAAGCCCGGCUGCAGGGCCUACCAGGUCAGAAGGCUGGCCUGCCUGUCAGCUGUAGGUCAGCACAGCGACUGUCUGAAGCUGGUGAGCGGCUGGAUGCUGUCAGAGGGUCCCACCGCGGACCUCUACAUCCUCAGAGCCCGACUGCACAAACGACUCAAGCAGACAACGCAAUGUUAUAGAGAUGUGAAGUCAGCGCUAGUGUUGGAUCCUCAGAGUCCAGCGGCUGGCGCCAUGCUGCUGCAGCUGCAGGAGGCCAGUGAACAGGCCAGACAAGAAGCAGUAGACAGAUCUUUGUCUGGCCAUCUGCCUGAAGCCUGCUGCAUGAUCAAUAUCGCUUUGGAGAACUGCCCAGAGGAUGCACACCUCUACCUUUUCAGAGGGAUUGUGUACCGCCGCCUGAAGGAUUUCACAGCAUCCCUCGAGGAUCUGGUCCAGGCUGUGGAGCUGUGCAAGGAGGAGGAGGAGGAGGUCGGGGGUGAGGCAGAGGCUGCAGAGAGGAAGGAUGAACGUGGCUCUGUGGAGGAGGAGGUGCAGUUUCAGCUGGUUCUGACCUACAAUGACUUUGCUGUUGAGUGCUUCAGCAGAGGCCUCUUCGCCGAGGCCACGCUGCUUCUCAACAAGGCCAUUGAGGAGGAGAAGGGCCAGGCGGGCCUCUACCUGAACCGAGGAGAUUGUUUCUUUAAGCAGGGUGACUGGUGUUUUGCUCUGGCUGACUACCAGCAGGCUGAGGAUAUGAUGCGGCCCAAUGACCCUGCUGUCCGGCUGCGCCUUGCUGUCCUCCACAACACCCUGGGCUCUUUCUGCUUCCAGGACGGGUGUUACCAAGAGGCAGUUGAGAUGUUUUCUCUGGCCAUCCAGGACAACCCCACUGCGGGUCAUUACUAUGAAAGCAGAUCCAAAGCUUCCCGAAAGCUUCUUAACUUGAAGGGAGCCAGAGAGGACUUUGUCUGCAUGCUGAUCCUGGAUCCCAACAACGAGGAGGUGCCUCCUAUGCUCAUGAACCUGUUCCCUGGCUACAGUGAGUCGGAUGUUUUGUCCAGUCCAGCAGGACAAAGGAUCAGAGGUCAGCUGAUGGACACCAUCCAGGCCUGCAGCUCACCCUCUGAUCAACAACAACUGAGUGAGCAGCUCCUAAAGAUGGCUCUGACCAAUGAGAACACAGCGAGUUCGUCAAAAGACCCGCCUGAAGCAGGAAAGGAGCUGAAGCUGAGUGUUAACCAGCAGGAGACGCAGAUAACCGUGAAGAACCUCCUGCAGGUUAAGGAAGUGGUUCAGUCAUGUCUCCACGACCGUCCAGCUCUGCAGCACAGUCUGCCCACAGACACACCAGGAUGUCGUAAGAAAACAAGCGAUUUGGGGUGUUCUGAGUCCACAUCUCAGAAGUAAAACUUCUCUGGGUGGUGAUAAUACCAGGAAUAAAUGUUUUUUUAUCAAUCGUCUGAGUGCUAUAUUUCUUUGGAGCAAAUCUUAACUCAAAACUCAAACCUAUGUUUCCAAACUUAACCUCUUAAGCCCUGAGCCUGUUUUUCAGG